AUGGAUGCUAUUGAGGAGCAAUUGGAAGAGUUGACUGAAGAGACUGAAGCGAUCAACCAACUGGCAGCUGAGGCAUCACCCUUUGACAACAUGACCGAGGAUCAACUACAAGAUCACUUUAGCAACACCUUUACAAUCAAUAGCAAGGUCGACUGGAGCAUAGUUGGACAGGAGAUCACAAAGCCUCACUACCAUCAGUAUAACGUUAUGAAUAGUGUUUUGAAGUGGAUCACAUCGAUGAACUGUCUUGAAGUACCAAUAUAUAAUGUGUUCUUGGCGUACUUUAAGAGAUAUAUGCACUCCAAUGACUUUGCUCAACUGCUCAAGUACAUGCGCAAGGCUAAUUUGGAGAUGAAUGUCGACACGUUCAACUUGGCGAUUGGCAUGAACAUCAGUCUGGGCCGCACUCGCGAGGUCUACCAGUUAUACCGCGAGAUGAAUCAGACGGGCGUGGCGGCCAACAUCGACACCUACUUUGAUCUGAUCCGCUGCUACAGCAAGACCCUGACGACGGUCAAUCAGCUGAUCGGCGAUAUGCAGAGCAAGGGCAUUGCGCGCAACGAGAAGAUCAACGCGCUUCUCAUCGGAAUCUUCCUGUCACACGAGGACACGUUCCAGACGGCCUUCUCGCACUACGACGAGAUAGUGCGCGACUUGGGCACGCCAUCGGCACUCACCUACAACAGUCUGUUUGUGGGACUGGCCAAUAGCGGGCGCUUCGACCUGCUCAGACAGUUCUGGCGCCAGAUGAAUCAGCUGGGCGUCACGCCGUACGAGGAGACGGUCUCGCGCAUCAUCGAGAUAUACUCGGACAAGCGCGACCUCAAGGCCGCCAUCGACUUCUAUCUCUACGCCGUGCGCGACUACACCUCGUUCAAGAAAUCGCCCAAGAUCCUGGGCGCGCUGCUGCGCGUGCUGAUCGUGGGCAAGCGUUUCGACCAGCUGUCCAACAUGCUGGACUACCUCGAGAACAACAACAUCUACACGCUCGAGAUGUACAACAUUGCGCUGAACCUGUUCUCCAAGUUCCGCAACCCGCAGGUGUGUCAGCGUCUCUACGAGAACCUGCUCAAGAGCGGCAUGACGCCAAAUGCCGCCACGUACUCGCCAUUGGUGCAUAUGGCCAUCUACUCGGGCAACGUGGCCGACUGCCACCACUGGAUGGAGAAGAUGCGCACCAACGGCAUCCUGCCGCAGGUCGAGGUCUUUAGCAACGUGCUGCGCUUCUACCUCACGCACGGCGCCGUCGAGCAUGUCAAGGUGCUGAUCAACGAGAUCAUCAACAACAACCUGCUGACGGCAUCGUCGUACGCCUCGAUCCUGGUCUUUAACCAGAUGAUGAACCUGCAGGCGGGCUACUACCGCCACAAGCUGCAAUCGCAGGACACUCGCUUCCGCGAGAUUACAUACGACCAGAUCAUCGAGAUCUACCUGUUCUUUGACAACUAUGAGCGCGCGCUCGAGUGGUUCGAGCAGCGUCUCAGCAUGGCCAAGAUGCAGCGCGGCCGCACGCUCACGCUCUCCUACCCGCUGCUCCUGUUCAUCACAUACCAUACGAUCAGAGGCGAGACCAACAUUGCGCAGUACUGGGAGAACAUGAUGGUGCAACACAAGGUGUACCCAGACAACGAGUCGCGCAUCAAGAUUCACCACCACUUCAAGAAGUUCUAUAGCAGCGGCAAUCGAGACAACUCGGGCGAGCAGGGCAGUCGCAAGGAGAAGAUCACCAUGGACCGCCUCAUCCAGCUCAAUCGCCAGAAGCAGCAACCACAGCCCGACCCGGCGCAGGCGGAGAAGCAACGCGAGGAGGAGGAGCAGAAGAAGCGCGAGCGACAGGAGCGCGACGAGCAGAGCGAUGACAUCGACGUCAAGGACUACGUGGUUCAGAAGCAAAAGGCGAGCUCGUUCAAGGACAUCAUCAAGGAGUCGCCCAUCUCGUUCCGCAUGCGCAUGACCACGUUGGUGGACCGCAAGUUAUUCAAGCAGGCGAUGCAGGAGCUGGACGCCAUGGGAGGCCAGCGGCUUCCCCGUGGACAGCACAUCCUAGAGUUGAACUUUAGCCUGGGCACGGCCAAGUUCCAGGCGUUCGUCGACCACAUGCGCCAACAACCCUAUGUGCCUUCAAUCUUUGAGGGCAUGUAUCUCUCAGUGAUGGCCAAGUUCAAUGUGGUGCGCUGCAUCACCGAGAUCAUGAACCAUCCAGGCGACGCCACGAUCUACACCAACUCUAGCUCGAUCCGCAACUCGCUCAUCUAUGGCCUGACGCACCGCGGCGAGCUGGAGCUGGCGCAGAGUGUGGUCCGCUCCAUCGUGCUGUGCAACUCGUCAUUGUCCAUCAACUCGAUCCAAUUCUUCCUCAAGACCUACCUGGAGCGCAACGAAGUGCCCGCCAUCGCCGAGGAUCUGUACAGAUACUAUCACUCGACCAGCAUGCGCAUCCCCGACAACCUCGUCAAUAUCCAGAUACUGGGUCUGAUCAAGGAGGGCUCGUACGAGUCUGCGCUCGGCCUGCUGCGCGAGGCGCAACAGAAGGAAAUGGUCAACCGACACACGAUACCGCUGGCCAUGGAGAUAUACGCGAACCGAUUCCCCAUGCCACCUAGCAUCAACCUGACCAUGUGGCUCAGCAUCAAGAAGAUGUGCAUCAAGAACGGCAUCUCGACGGCCAUCUUCUACACCGAGCUGUUCAAGUGUCUGAAGCGCGCCAACAUGGACAGCAUCAUCAUCAAGUACGCGACGCAGCCCAACUUCUUCACGUCGCAGCAGCUCGAGACGCUCAAGAUCGCCCUGUCCUGCUGCCAUAACGACAAGGAGGUUAUCCGUAUAUUUAAGAUGGCCAAUUCGUCCAGGCUACAGAUGGACAAUGAGGUUGAGGCCAUUGUCACCGAGGCCAACAAGACAGUGAACGAUCAUAAUGUCCUCAAGUGUAAGUUCAAGACCACGUUGCAAGCCGAGCCCAAGCCAUUGCCCACCGAAAUAAAGAACUUUAUCAAGGAGAGGAUGUCCCUGUCCGUCGAGGACAGUGACACAUCCGAUCUUCAGCUUCAGGCCUAA